AUGUCGACGUUUACGAAGGAUUUCCCAACCAUCACUGGCUUACGGUGGUUCAAUAUCGCUGUCCUUAGUAUAACGCCGUCAAUUGCACUCGCUGGCUCGUUAUUGGUUCCUUUCCGAUCCCAAACAGUGUGGUUCUCGGUCCUUCAUUAUGUAUUUACCAUGCUGGGUGAGAACCUCCUUUUUGCCCCUUGCUAUCAUCGCCUGUGGUCUCACAGAGCCUAUACUGCUUCCCUUCCUCUCCAAUGGUUCUUGAUUAUCGGUGGAACCAGCGGUGUUCAGGGGUCUUGUUACUGGUGGGCUCGAGCUCAUCGAUCCCAUCAUCGACAUACCGAUACUGACUUGGAUCCAUACGACUCCAAGCGCGGUCUUUUUUGGACUCAUAUAGGUUGGAUGAUUUUUGAAACAAAUCUACAUACCGGAACAGCAGAUAUCUCGGACCUCAAGAGGGAUUCACUCAUCCAAUUCCAACAUCGUCAGUAUUUUUCGCUUGCGUUAUUGUUCGGAAUUGUGGUCCCGUGGGUCAUUCCGGGGGUUUUCUGGGGCGAUUGGUGGGGAGGAUUCUGCUUUGCCGCUGCUUUACGGCUCACUGUGGCACAUCAUAGUACAUUUUGCAUCAAUUCGAUCGCCCAUUACCUUGGAUCAACACCGUAUGAUGACAGACUAAGCCCCCGUGAUCAUCUACUAUCAGCUUUAUUGACAAUGGGUGAAGGAUAUCACAAUUUUCAUCACCAAUUUCCUAUGGAUUACCGCAACGCGUAUAUGUGGUAUCAGUACGAUCCUACGAAGUGGUUCAUCGCAUUUUGUAGAACAAUUGGCCUUGCAAGAAAUCUACAGAGAUUUCCGAGUAAUGAAAUUCAGAAGGGUGCUCUUACUAUGCAAUUGAAGGCUCUGAAGAAAACUCAAGAUUCGGUCAAAUGGCCGGCUCCAAUUGAAGAAAUACCAGUUGUCAGUUGGGAAACAUUCCAAGAAGAGUCGAAAUCGCGCACACUCAUCCUCGUUUGCGGCUUCAUUCACGAUGUUUCGUCAUUUAUUGAACAACAUCCUGGAGGCCCUCGCUUGCUUACACAAAAUUCAGGUCACGAUAUGACUGCUUCGUUUUUCGGAGGGUUUUAUGCCCAUUCGAACGCUGCUCAUAACUUACUAGCAAUGAUGCGAGUGGGGAUACUCGCUGGGGGUGUAGAAAUGCCCGCGGAGCGUGCGAUCCCCCCCUCACAACAGUUGUAUAUCGCGGAAAGACUUCGACAAUAG